UGCGGCGAACAAAUGUAGAUGUGCACGUAUAUUUCUGUACAUUUCUGUGUCUGUGUGUCCGCGGUGCAGGAGCGUUGACUUGUCCGGCCCGGCGAGGCGGAGGAGGAGGAGGAGUGUUUCACCCGUAACUUAUUAAAUUCCUCCUGUCCAGCCAUGAUAAUGUCUGCGCGUUUUGCAGGGGAAAAUUUCACAGCCCGUGGGGCUUCGGGACGUCUGCGUUUUCCGCGCGGCUUUUCGCGGUGCCGUACGCAAAAAAAACCAAUGCGCGAUGUAGGUCAGCAACUACAGCCAAAAUGUCGUCUUUUUUUCUCUUCUUUUCUUUUCUUUUCUUUUUUUUACUUCCACGUUCUCUCAUGCCACAAACAGAUGGCGUCGAGAGAGAGGGGGAUGGAGAGAAUGGGGGAAAGAGGCGCAUAAAGGAGUAGGGGCGACACCAGGCCACAUUAGCCCAUCACUAAUCUACACCCCGCACAUACACGCAGCCCACCCCUCCAUGCCAGCACACCGGAGGCCAACAUGUCUCGGGAGGAGGCGAGCCGGCGCCUGGGUAGAUGUGAGCCCAAGGUAAUGGCCAGGCUGGUGGACACAGGCACACAGACAGAUCCAGUAGUUGUGCUGUCCUUGGCCCAGGCCGCCGUGCUAGGUCUCAUCUCCCAGAAUGAAGUGUUUGGAGCUACCAUUGCACCCAACGGCUUCUACACCGGCGAACCCAAAGAGUCCCCUGCGCCCCCAGUAGACGGAGUCGACUACGAGUACGCGGACCAGCUUAUCGGAGCCAACGGAGAUUACCUAGGAGACAACUUGGGAGAAGACGGUCAAAUGCAACCCAGCUGCAGUCAGAGGAGGUGGCAGCAGGGGCCACCCCAGCACCCGGACACGAAAAUGGUCGGCCCCGAUCGCCACGGCCUCCAAGGCGGCGGCGACGUGUCCUCGUCCCACGUGAAAGGGGAAGGGGUGAACUCUGGAAUGUCCUCCUGUGUCCACAUUCUGAACAAUAUGGCUCCCAGGGGUGGUUUGGUCCAAGUUGAUCCGGCCACCCUGAGAGGCGCCAACAAGAACUGUGCAGAAUGUGAGCGGGACGCAACCAACCAACAGCAAGCCAACACACACGUCCAUCCUCCUCCACCCCAGGUGCCGCACAGACCGGCGGAGCAAGGCCACAGAGGGCUCCCGGGGCAGCGCCCGAUGGGGGCCCACGGUCGCAGCGGCCGAGAGGAUGAGGAGGAUGUAGAGCACCAGGGGAACGCGAUGAUGAAACCCACGCAGCAGGAGGAAGCCAUCAGCAGCUACUUCCAGACUAGUGAAGUGGGCAGCUAUGAUUCAACGGAAAUGGGAAUGGGGGGCGAGUACGAAGACAGCAGCCAGAGCAUGAUGUGGACAGAUGGAACCGCUGGAGGGCAGCACCAGCAGCCUCCCCAGCACCAGCCCCCUCGUCGACACGGAGGCCGCAGAGUAGACCGGCUGGACAUCAACAUCCAGAUCGACGAGUCCUACUGCGUGGACGUGGGAGAUGGUCUGAAGCGCUGGAAGUGCCGCAUGUGCGACAAGUCGUACACCUCCAAGUACAACCUGGUCACACACAUCCUGGGCCACAACGGCAUCAAACCGCACGCCUGCCCACACUGCGGCAAGCUCUUCAAGCAGCCCAGCCACCUCCAAACCCACCUGCUAACCCAUCAAGGCACCCGGCCCCACAAGUGCACGGUCUGUAAGAAGGGCUUCACCCAGACCAGCCACCUGAAGCGGCACAUGCUCCAACACACCGACGUCAAACCGUACAGCUGCCGCUUCUGCCGCCGCGGCUUCGCCUACCCCAGUGAACUGCGGGCGCAUGAGGUGAAGCACGAGCGAGGCCGCUGCCACGUCUGCUCGCAGUGCGGCAUGGAGUUCCCCACCUACGCCCACCUUAAACGCCACCAGGCCAGCCACCAGGGCCCCCACACCUUUCAGUGCACCGAGUGCAACAAGUCCUUUGCCUACCGCAGUCAGCUCCAGAACCACCUCCUGAAGCACCAGAGCCCGAGGCCUUACACCUGCUCCCAGUGCGGCCUGGAGUUUGUGCAGCUCCACCACCUACGUCAGCAUUCGCUCACUCAUAAGGGGAUGAAAGGCCACAAGUGCGACGUGUGUUCCAGAGAGUUCACCUUGUCCGCCAACCUGAAGAGGCAUAUGCUCAUCCACAACAGCGUCAGACCUUUCCAGUGUCACGUCUGCUUCAAGAGCUUCAUCCAGAAGCAGACGCUCAAGACCCACAUGAUCGUCCACCUGCCUGUGAAGCCUUUCAAAUGCAAGGUAUGUGGCAAGUCUUUCAACAGAAUGUACAACCUGCUGGGCCACAUGCACCUCCAUGCUGGCAGUAAGCCCUUCAAGUGUCCUUACUGCACCAGUAAGUUCAACCUGAAGGGAAACCUCAGCAGGCACAUGAAGGUCAAACAUGGAAUGGACGUGUCUCCAGAAGGACAAGAAGUUCUUCCGGAAAUGGAAAGCCAGGGGGAGUAUGAAGGACAGAACUUCAGCUUUACAUCACCGGAUAGUAUGGACAAUGGUGGCUCCCAGAACCUCACCAAACUCACUACAGCCAACAUGGACGACAUGGAGGAGUAUUACAAUUUUGGGAAGGAUACAAGCAGCUACGCUACACCUUGAGUGUUGGUUGAACCGGAGAACGUGUUGACUUUCUUUUAUUUUGAAGGCAGAAGGAAAUUACAGCAUUGUUUCGACGGCUUCGGGAGACUCGGGGAUAGGGGAUAUUUUCUUUUCGUUUUGGCCUCCUUCCAGAAGAGCCAGACCUGACGAACUAUGAUGGGCGGCCAGGAAGGAGAAGCACUUGAAAGCAAAGACGUUUCAACUCUGUUGCUCGUAACGGAGACACUGAAACUGUUGGUGCUGUCUGGAGCUCCUUUUUUUGGGAUCGCUAAGCUUACUGACUCAAAAGACUCUCACUGGCGGACAGUCAAAUCUGUAUGUUGUGUGUAUGUAUCAUGUUAUCUGAGAAAAAAAAGAGAAAAAAAAAGAGUUGCAGAUCCAUCGGUUACAUUUGAUGUGAUAGAAAUACGUUUACCAUUUUUGUCAUUCACAACCAAUGUAUGCCCUUAUAUUUUUGACUGAAAGUGCCAGCUAGAAACUUUUUGCAACUAAGCUUCCACCUCGUCAGCUAUUUACUCACUGUAUAUCCAAGUUUUGAUACAUAGUCACAACAUAUUCAUAGGUUUGGAUGCUCUUAACAAUUCCUAAUUGUAGUGACCCGUCCCCAGUUCAUAUUUGACACAGGUCCAGCUUUCAGUGCAGUUGUGCUUUUUGCACAGGACAUUGUAGCCUUUUCUUUUAUCAGGGCACUUGCUACCAAAGUUGCUACUGUCCCAUGUCGGCUAAAAACCUGGAGACAACAUUGCCGGCAUGUAAAGCCCUCUCAUUGUACAAAUGUUUCUGCAACAUGCAGCCUGUUUACCCGCCUUUUUUUUUUUUUGCUUUCACAUUAACAAUUGACCCCGUGUAGUGAAUAUACCGCUCUAGUUUUUUUGAAUUACUGAGUGAACAAUGCAAAGCACUUUUUCAUUGGAACUUGUUAUUUUCCUGUGAAGGCUUGUUUUCAGUAAAAGUGAACUAAAUUGCCUACAGGAGAAGAGCUCGGAUCUGGGGCGGGGGAGGAAGAGCGUGGGCUCAAACCCCCGUAAUGGCAAUAUUAUUGAACUCGAAACAGAUGUACUUUCUCUGUAAGUUUUUGGAUAUUUGACAGUUGUCAGAAGUUGAAGAAUGAGCAGUUUGUGCGGAGAAUCAGCAGUUUGGAGUUUCUUUGUUUAUAGUUACAGCAUUAUUAAAUCCAGGACAAGGUUCACUUCACUUUUGAUUCAGUUUAUUCAGAAAACAAAAAUCCCCUCAAUGGAAAAAAGAAACUGUGAAAACAAAACUCAGUCUGUAGUUACAAAAGAUGAAAAUGAAUUAUUUGGAAGUCCUGCUUAGCUAGAUGUUGAACGGAUUGAAUUGAUAGUGGACUGACGCUUGUCCUGCUCCUCAGAAAUGUUCUGUUUUGGGGAAAAAGGUCAGUUCCCCCUGUCCUGCCAUGCAGGUCAGCCUUGAUAUGCACACUAAACCAGAGGAAUGGUCUACUAGUUCUUUUUUUGAGAUGAGAAAUAUCAAACGGAGACCUCAUGGAAAUUGACCAUGAAUUAUUUAAUAAAGGUUCUCUAGUUUAAACGAUGAAGACUGGCGUUUUAAUCUGUCACUGUUUAGGGGUAAUCCUCAUAUUCUUUUUUUUUUUUAGCCACACUCGUGCCACCGCAGCUCUGCCUGUCUCAACUAUUUGAUGAAUUGCUAUGAAAUUCAUUGUCUCAGGAGGAUGCACCCCGGCUUAGUGAUGGACUCUUCCUCUUAUAUCUUAUAUUUUUGAUAUUUGUGCAAAUGCAAUUGCUUUUUAUAUGUGGGUUAGUUGGUUUAUGUAGCAACUGAUUGUGAAUAAGCCCUUUGUCGCAAGCUACACAAAAAAAGCCCAAGUUAAGAUGAAUUUCAGUUUAUUCCUCAUGUCAUAGAUCCUAAAUGUCCUAAAUGGAUUAUGUUGUUUACAUGACUCUCAGUGUGAAUGUUAACAACUGAAAUAUCAUUGGACAUACAGUAUGCAGGUACAUACAGUCCAACAAACAAAAACUAUUAAAUCAAAAACAACCUCUUGGUUCAUUACUGAGUCAGAAAUCAAAAAGGUAUGUGUGGAAUUUAUUGUUAAUGCCGUAUCACUAACACAAGUCCUGCUUCAGCAUUUCACCAGGUCAGCUGCUGUUAGUGUUCUGCUGAAAGACUGAAAGACGACACAUUGUUGUUCAAACAAAAACAUUAGAAAAGGUUAAAAAAAAAACAUUAGACUGCCCUCUUGGCCCCUGUACAUGGCUCUUUUAAGGCCGUGCAUGGUAUUAAGCGUGAGGUUCUUUCAUGAAUGUUCUUCCAGGAGGAAAUUUUUAAAAGUUAGAAAAGAGUAAUCUAAAUGCUAAUUUCUGCUAUUCUUUUUUUUUUUUUUUGAUGUAGGAAAAUUGUUUCUUCUCUUUGACUUUAUAGUGACUGAAAGAAAAGACAAGAGAAUAGCACAUUCUCUAGUCAGGGGUUGGUUAUAAAGUUAAUGUCUGCCAAGACUUUUGAGGGGAUGAACAGUCAGUAAUAAUAAGUCAGUGUUUACGUCAUCGAAUGCUCACAUUUCUUUCAGCUUUACAGUGUUAGGCAGCCACCAGUGAGGUCUGGAGGAGAUCCUAUUAAUUACUCUGGCAGUCAUCGCUGGAAGGUCCGUUCAGGUAACGUAUGAUUGACAGUCCACCUGCUGGACUGUUGAAUGUCUUGGUUAUUCUGCGUUAGAAACAUCGAUACAACCACCAGUAACAACCCGCGGCUGGAAUUCAGGCCACAAUCCGUGUCAGUCACAGAUAGUUAAUAUGUUUAAGGCGGUAUAUCUAUUGAAAAUAAAAACAAGAAUAAGCACCACCAUACCCCCACUGGCCGACUACUUGUCGACAUCUGCUGGUGACACAUUGUAGCUGUCACAGCUAAAAGCUUUGCCAAAACUCCCACCAGGUUCGCCCUCCUGCUGGCGCUAACACUACUCGCUGUCAUGCACUGCAGGGUGCAUAUAAUGGCUACUAAAUGAGCACACAACGCUGCAUGAAUGCACAGCUGGACAGGAGGUCUCAUGUGAGCAAGUGCAUGAAAUUAAAAGGAGAACUGGAACUGCGUGUGGACGUCUUUUCUUCCAAGUGCUUCUCAGUUUGACAUCUGGAUUUUCCAUUUAACUGAAGAACCGCUAUAGGUCCCCCACCCACCCGAAGGACACACGAAUCUAACCGCACCCCGAAUAAUUCUGUGCUGAUAACGGGGCUAAAAUUUGAGAUAAACGCACUGAAGUGAAGUUCCAAAAAGCAACUCUGCACUCUCCCUGUUACUAAGUGAUUAGAUGUUAUUUAUUAACUGUGCAAGACAUGACAUUAUUGUUCUAAUCUGUACAUGUUCCAUGAAGACGUGAAAAUACGUGAAAACUUUUUUUUGAAAAUGCCAUCAUAAGUUAACAUUAUCGUUAAUAUUCAUUCAUACAGUACAAUCAUUCAAUUUGUGCGUGACAAAAAUGGCAAUAGGAAAGGCAAAGGCACGCAGUAGUGUGUGAGUGAGCUAUACAAAUAUAAAAAUGGCACCAAAACCUGAAGUUGCUUCCUUCAAAACUGGACCCAAUUGUUUAUACAAGUGAAGGAUAAAACAAAA